CACGCAAACAACCGCAUGCAGAAAAGACAGACAUCCUGUGAAUGGUGGCUGAUCCCAGGGCAAGGCAUGAGGGGAGGGGCACAAGGAGGGGAGAAGAGGAGCAGGAAUGACCCUCUGUGGAGAGUGGAGUUUAAGCUUAUUGUUGAAGCAAGCCAGGAAGGAGAAGCUUACCGGCCUGUGAAAAGCCACGAUGUUGAUUCCUUUAUGAACACUUUGGCCUUCACUUACCUUCCAGUCUCCCUGAGCAGAUUCAGCACAGGGCUAUGGAGGCUCUGGCUGGGGAAGAAGCCUGCAUUUUUAUUCCCAGGGAUAGGCGCUUCUGGGCCCCAGGUGGCAGGCAAGACAGAUUCCCACAUCCUCCUUCCUCUGAAUGAAAGUGAUCUGGAGGAGCAGUUUGUAAAAGGACAUGGUCCUGGGGGUCAGGCAACCAACAAAACGAGCAAUUGUGUGGUGCUGAAGCACAUCCCAUCUGGCAUCGUGGUCAAGUGCCAUCAGACAAGAUCGGUUGAUCAAAAUCGAAAGCUGGCAAGAGAGAUCCUGCAAGGGAAAGUGGAUCUCUUCUACAGAGGAGAAGACAGUCACAUUCACAAAGUCAAAAAGGAGGCAGAAAGAAAGAAGAGAGAGAGGAAAAAAAAAGCAAAGGAAACCCUGGAGAAAAAGAGAUUGUUGAAGGAGUUAAUGUCAAAGGAGUUGAGGCCCACAGCCCCCUUUCCUCCAGAGGAGUGAUGCCACAGAGAGGCAGGGGCAGGGGCAGCUGCAGCAGGAGCUGCUGGUUGCCGACAAGCAUGCUUGCCCAGGAGAUGUGGUGGCUGAUUCUGCUGCCAGCACACUUGUAGCAGCUUCAAAUAAACGUUUAUGGACAAACUCCCAAGCCCCAGUUUUAUUCUGAGCUGGGGUACGGGACCACAUGUUGAUGGCAAUCAGUGUUACCUCAUGAUGAGAAGGUAUCUCUGGGCUGUGGAGGAAUCACCAGUUACCUCCAUGCCAAGUUAAGAGAAUCAGAGGGAGAAAAAGAUUUUGAAAGCUAAUGCGUGGCUUGCCCAUUUACUUUUUCUCUUAGCUAAUGAAGGACAAGCAGGAUGGAAAACUGUAACAACUUCCCAAGUAACUGCUCAGAUUCCCAAAGGUGUGUGUGUGUAUACAACUGUGUGGAGCUGCCCACUCACUCCACACUAAUUAGAUUAUAGCCCUGGAACCUCAUGUGCUCACAGCCAGGCUAUAGAUUCAUUUCUUCUCACUCCGGAUGGAUUAUCCAGGAAGAAAGUUCACUUACAAUUAGGGGUUUUGUUUGUUUUAGUGAGGUAAUCGGGGUUAAGUGACUUGCCCAGGGUCACACAGCUAGUAAGUGUUAAGUGUCUGAGGCCGGAUUUGAACUCAGGUCCUCCUGACUCCAGGUCCGGUGCUCUAUCCAUUGCCCCACCUAGCUGCCCCCUACAAUUAGGUUUUAGAAAAGGUUAGUGGCUUGGCUAGUUAGCGCAUGCUCAUGAUAAAUGCACAAAAGAAGAGAGAGAGUAUAUUUUGUCCAGAGAAUGACAUCUCUGAGGGGAAGCUUGGUAGCGAAACGGAUAGAGCACCGGCCCUGGAUUCAGGAGGACCUGAGUUCAAAUCCGGCCUCAGACAUUUGACACUAGCUCUGUGACCCUGGGCAAGUCACUUAACUCUCAUUGCCCCACCCCCCCAAAAAAAUGACAUUUCUGAGACAACACGCCCACAAAGGUUUGUUUUAAUCUGUUACUUUAAUCAGUAGACUAAGCAGUCCCCUCUGCUGAAAUGUCAUAUACUGGAUUUUAAAUUUGGGUCUAUAACCAAAAUCAGUUCAUUUCAACAAUUUAUUAGUCGUGGUUUCCAUACAACAGUCUGCCCUUGCUGUUCUACCUUGUAUAUGGAAAUGGUCUCUCUUUUUUGGUGUUAGGUUAAGAAUAAUAUUUUGAAUAAUCACUUAUAUUUUCACUUCCAGAGGUUACACCGUAAUUGAUUUCUUCUUGGAACAGAUUAAUUUAAAGGCUUUUUUAAGACUCAACACCUCAUCACCUUACACCUAAAUCAGCAAAGAUGGUAAAAGAAGGAAAAAUUCAGUGUUGGCAGGGCUGUGGGAAAACAAGGCAUGAUAAUCCACAAUGGGUAGGGCUGUGCUUUGGUGCAACCAUUUUGAAAAACAAUUUGGAAUUAUGCAAGAAAUUUUUUCUUGGGUAGGGCAAUGAGGGUUAAGUGACUUCCCCAGGGUCACACAGCUAGUGUCAAGUGUCUGAGGCUAGAUUUGAACUCAGGUCCUCCUGAAUCCAGAGCCAGUGCUUUUAUCCACUGUGCCACCUAGCUACCCCCCCUAUAAGUUCAGGUUCAUAGUACCUAGGGCCAGAAGGGAUUUCAAAGACCAUUUGGUAUCCCUUUUUUUCUUUGGUGGAGCAAUGAGGGUUAAGUGACUUGCCCAGGGUCAUACAGCUAGUAAGUGUCAAGUGUCUGAGCCCAGAUUUGAAUUCAGGUCUUCCUUAAUCCAGGGCCAGUGCUCUAUCCACUGAGCUACCUGACCUAUGCAAGAAAUUUUUACAAAAUUGUUCCUACCGCCCCUUAAGCCAGCAAUCCUACUACUUAAUGUACACCCCAAGGAAGCUAUGGGCAGCUGGAUAAAAAACAAGUGUACAAAAAUAUCCAUAGCAGUGCUGUUUGUAACAGCAAAAAAUUGGAAUCAAAAUGUGCCUCCCAAUUAAGGAAUGACCAAAUCAUGGUAUCUGAGUAUAAUACUAUUAUACCAUAAGGAACAACAGAUAGGAAGAAUGUGGAAAGACUUGUGUAAAGUGAGGCGGGGGGAAAGAAAUCCAAAGGAACCAUAGACACCAACUACAGAAAUGGAAACUUGGAACAGCACACUUGCAGAUGAGCUGAACUAAACACUAUGGCUAAGACCCACCCUGACCCCAAACCCCCAAAUCUAGGGUGCAUCAAGAACUUUGGACAUGGUCGCUACUAGUUUAUGAACCAGUCUAACAGUAAACUCCUAAAGUAUACGUUGCAUGUACCGUU